GGCGUCAGACGCUGCCCGCCGCUUCCUGUUGUCAGUGCCUGCGGAGCCGCAGCUUCUCCUCCGAGCUGGGGUGGUCUCGCUUCGCCCGGAGCGCCGCCACCUGCUCCUGCUCCCUUUGGUGUCAUGUGAGUCUCCUUGAGAGCUGCUGCCCGAGUGGAGAUGCUCUCAGUGGAGAAUGGCCUGGACCCUCGGGCUGCCAUCCAGGUCAUCAAGAAGAAGCUAGUGGGAUCUGUGAAGGCUCUGCAGAAACAGCAUGUGUCUCUGGACACGGUGGUCACCAGUGAAGACGGAGAUGCCAACACCAUGUGCAGCGCCCUGGAGGCCGUGUUCAUCCAUGGCCUGCAUGCCAAGCACAUCCGUGCCGAGGCCAGCGGCGGCAAAAGGAAGAAGCACAGUCACCAUCAGAAGGCUCUGCCCCAGCCUGCCUUCUGGCCCCUUCUGAAAGCUGUCACCCACAGACACAUUAUCUCGGAUUUGGAGCACCUGGUCUUCAUCAACACAGAUGUAGGCCGCUGCCGGGCCUGGCUGCGGUUGGCCCUCAAUGACGGUCUCAUGGAGUGCUAUCUGAAACUGCUCCUGCAGGAACCUGCACGGUUGUGCGAGUACUAUCAGCCCACAGCCCUGCUUCGAGAUGCUGAGGAGGCCGAGUUCCUCCUGAGCUUCCUGCAAGGACUAACAUCCUUGUCCUUUGAGCUCUCCUACAAGUCGGCCAUCUUAAACGAAUGGACACUCACCCCAUUGUCUCUCUCUGGGCUUUGCCCCCUCUCUGAACUUGACCCUCUCACUACCUCUGGUACAGAACUACAACGGAAAGAGUCUCUGGAUUCAAUUUCCCAUUCCUCGGGCUCUGAGGACAUCGAAGUCCAGCACUCAGGCCAUAAGAUCCGCAGGAACAGGAAGCUCACUGCCUCUUCCCUCAGCCUGGACACAGCCAGUUCAUCCCAGCUGUCCUGCAGCCUAAAUUCUGACAGCUGCCUGCUCCAAGAGAAUGGUCCCAAGAGUCCAGACCAUUCUGAGGAACCCAUGUCCUAUGAUUCAGAUCUGGGCACAGCAAACGCUGAUGACUCCGACAGGUCUCUGCAAGAGGUGUUGUCAGAAUUCAGCAAAGCCCAGGUAAAUUCUGCGCCAAGCAGCAAACCAAGCCAAGAGCCAGACACCCCCAUGUUCCAGACACCCCUGUCCCUCCACAGUCUAGCUACCAGCACACACCUGCACUUUGAGGGAUCUGAAGAGCUCUUUCCUGACCACACAUCCUCUGGGACAUCAAGUGGUGGCCACAAGCAUCAGCUACUACUCCAGGAGAUCCCAGACGUGCAGCAGCUAGGCACUGCCCAAGCUGGCCCUGCACAGAGCACUUCAGACCAGCAGCCUUCUAGUCCCGUGGGCGGAGCAGCUGGCCAAGGGAGUGGCCCUUGGAAGGCUCUGGAGUAUGGCAGAAUCGGACCGAAGCUUGUGGUUUCCUCCCCUACGAGUCCGAAAGGCAAGAGCUGGAUUUCUGAAGAUGACUUCUGCCGACCUCCUCAGGAGCAUGCUCUGAGGAGUGCUGCAGAGGACUGCACAUCUCUGCAGGGGACUCCAGAGUCAAGCACUGCUCUCCACAGGCCCUCUGCCUACGGACCAAGAAAGAGCUGUUCCCUGGGGGCACUAGACAGAGCGUGUGUGUCCUCACAGGGCUGCACAAAUGCCCAGCCAGCUCCAGCUCCAGUGGUGACCCAAGACCAUAAAAACUUCUGUGUGGUGCACCGAAGGCAAAUGGGGCUAUCCAACCCAUUCCGGGGCCUCAUGAAAUUGGGCACAGUAGCCCGGCGAGGAGCCAUGGGCAUCUGGAAGGAAUUCUUUUGUGAGCUGUCCCCGUUGGAGCUCCGCCUCUACCUGAGUGACGAGGAACGUACCUGUGUGGAGAGCUGCUCCCUGCUACGAUGUGAGGCUGUGGGGCCAGCACAUAGCGAUGGACGUUUUGAGUUGGUCUUCUCGGGCAAGAAGCUGGCUCUCCGUGCCUCCUCGCAGGACGAGGCUGAGGACUGGCUUGACCGUGUGCGGGAGGCUCUGCAGAAGGUGCGCCCUCAGCAGGAGGAUGAGUGGGUGAAUAUCCAGUACCCAGACCAAGCUGAGGAUGCCCCAGAUGCUCCAUCGGACAGCCUUCCCCCCUCUUCAACCCUACUCCCAGAGCCUGCAGGUGCCAAGGGUGUGCAGUUGGACUGGACAUCUGCCCAGGUUCCAGAGCCAGAUGCUAUCAAAGAGUCCCUUUUGUACCUGUAUGCAGACCGGACUUGGGUCCCCUAUAUCUUUUCCCUGUCCUUGGAGUCUCUGAAAUGUUUCCGUGUGAGAAACAAUGAGAAGAUGCUAAGUGAUAGCCAUGGAGUGGAGACCAUCCGAGACAUCCUGCCAGACACCAGCCUUGGGGGCCCAGCAUUCUUCAAAAUCAUCACGGCCAAGGCCGUCCUGAAGCUGCAGGCCAGGAACACUGAGGAGGCUGCCCACUGGAGAGACCUGGUCCGGAAAGUGCUGGCGUCUUACCUAGAGUCAGCAGAGGAGGCUGUGACACUUGCUGGGAGUCUGGAUGAAAACUGUCAGGAGGUGCUGAAGUUUGCUACCAGGGAGAACGGCUUCCUGCUACAGUACCUUGUGGCCAUCCCAACUGAGAAGGGCCUCGACUCCCAGGGCUGCUUCUGCGCAGGCUGCUCCCGACAGAUCGGCUUCUCCUUUGUACGACCCAAGCUCUGUGCCUUCUCUGGCCUGUAUUACUGUGACUUCUGCCACCAAGACGAUGCCUCAGUGAUUCCAGCCAGAAUCAUCCACAACUGGGACCUCACGAAGCGCCCGGUGUGCCGGCAGGCUCUGAAGUUCCUGGCCCAGAUCCGGGCCCAGCCCCUCAUCAACCUGCAGCUGGUGAACGCCUCUCUGUAUGAGCAUGUAGAACGCAUGCACCUCAUUGGCAGGAGCCGGGAGCAGCUGAAACUUCUGGGGGACUACCUGGGCCUGUGCCGAAGUGGUGCUCUGAAAGAGUUGAGCAAAAGGCUAAGCCAUAGGAAUUAUCUCUUGGAGUCGCCUCACAAAUUCAGUGUUGCUGACCUCCAGCAGAUUGCAGAGGGGGUGUAUGAAGGAUUCCUCAAAGCCCUGAUUGAAUUCGCCUCCCAGCAUGUCUACCACUGUGACCUGUGCACCCAGCGAGGUUUCAUCUGCCAGAUCUGCCACCACCAGGACAUCAUCUUUCCCUUUGAGUUUGACACCACAGUCAGGUGUGCUGAAUGCAGAACUGUCUUCCAUCAGAGCUGCCAGGCUGUGGUGAGGAAGGGCUGUCCCCGAUGUGCCCGCCGGCGCAAGUACCAGGAACAGAACAUUGUCAGUUAACCCUGCUGUCCUGACCUUCCAAGGCCAUCCAGCUGGGUUUGUCAUCAGCCCAGGCUUCCUGUUCUCCUGUAAGGAAGACUCUCGGGUGUGCCCAGAGCUCCAACCUACAGAGAAGGCGCAGGAAGUCGCAUUGAUGCCCGAGGCCCCUCACAAACCCUUCUGCUCCGAGAGGAGAUCCACCAGGUGCCUCUGCACAGGGCCUGGCAUCCCUAGCUGUCAUGGCACUUCCCUUAGGGCUAUUCAUACACACACUGUGGAGAUGAAGCCUGGUGAGCAUUUUCAAACCAUGCUCCUCAUUAAAAGGUCUAGUUUUUUAAGGCAGGUUUUUCCCUCUUCAUAUUUAAACAGAAAAUAUUUUUUUAUUCUUGACCUACCCAAGCCACCCAAGCAGAUGGGUAAGAGCAACCCCAGCCCAGAGGCAGGCGUGGAGCUGGGUGGACAGGCCUUUGUAAGGUUGCCUGUCUGUGGCCUGGGUGCCUUUCCUUUGCCCUUUCUGGCACAUACUGCCAAGAGUGCAAGUGUCAUGUGUCAAAUGGCCUGUCAUUGUAAGGCUGGUUAGUUUCAGCAACCACCUUUCCCUCCCCUCCUCAUGCUCUCACCUGGAAAGCAUCCCCUUCCUCUGUCAGAGCCCUUGGCUUACCUAGCUGGGAGUACAGCAGAGCAGGAGCAGGGGAAUGACCAGCACCAGCACUGUCAGCACUUUGAGCCUUCCUUGCUCAGGAAGCCCAUGACCGUGCCCACCUCAUCCCCAUAGCCCCUUACCCUGCAGGGCAGAGCAGGCUAGAAACCAGAGAGCUCCAAGCUCCAUCUGUGAAGAGGUGCCAUCCUUCGGCUGCAGAGCUGGAGGGAUUUGCCUGGAAGCUGCCCUGCAGAGCUUCCUCAGCCCUAGUCUCACAAAGCCUUGAGUUCAUAAUGUUUCUUGAGUUUUCACCUUGCCCAGCAGGACACUGCAGCACCCAAAGGAUGUCCUGGGAGCAGGAUUGCCCUUAAGAGGCUCUUGGGUCUGAUGGGCACAUCCUGGGAUUGUUUUCAAGUUGAUGGUCGUAGCCUUGAGGCAUGUAGGGGAUGCGCUCUGCUCUCCUCACCUGAACCCUGCAGUCCCUCUGGCUACCCCAGAGCACUCAACGUUGAACCAGAGACCUCGAUGGAAUGGAGGGCCUCCCUGGAAAUGUGCCUGUCAUGUCUGGAGGUCACCCCACCCUCCCUGACAUGAAUGAGCCGAGUCACCUGAAGCUUGAAGAAUUGUGCAAUAAAACAUAGGAGGCAAUAAGCAGGCAGAGGCUGCCACAUAGUUCAUCUGUCCCCACCAUGGAAGACAGUGCUCACCAGUGGUUGAGAUACCAAAGCCUCCAGUCCACCCAAUGAAUCUAUAUCUGUGCGCCACGCCGCACCCCCACCCCUCGCUAGCAUUAACACGUUCCCUAAACUACAUCCUGACCAGAGUCUCCUUGGUUUGGUUUGGGAUCCUGAAUGGGCAAGAGUCUGUCCCCUGUGGGCCUAUCACAUGAGUGUAUUCCAGAACCUGCCUAGGUGAUGGAGUCCUCCCUCAGCAUGCACUGUGAGCAUCAGAGCUGUCCCUUGCCCUUAACUAAGCUACUGAUGUGCUCAAGUGAAAGACUUGUCCCCACCACAAGAGAGCUCACGUGAAUCUCUGCAGUGCCCACACUAUUGGAAAAAAAUGCUAUUUUAUGCAAUAUUCUGACAAGUGGGCCUUGGCAAUGUAGAGAAAAAAACCUGCUGCUGUGUGGUAUUUGAAUGAUUUUGCAGUAAAGAGCUGGCCUUUCUAAGUAGUCUUGUUUCUGAAUCUCAAUCCUGUGGCUCCUGGGGAAACACCAACUGGCUCCCCUUAAUCCUGUGCACUGAGCAUUUCAGAGUCCAUGGAGCACACUUGCUAGACCAAGCAGCAAGGGAGAAGAGGUAAGUGAGAAUUUAGGUUGCCCUAGGUAGAGGUGGGCGGCUUUCAGAUUUAAUCCGAGCAUGGAGAGAGGCAAGCAAGGCAAACAGGCCCUGGCUCCUACACUUAUGAUUAAAGACUCAAGAGACCUGUCUGCCCCUAGCCUUCCCCAGGGGCUCCAGGAGAAGCCCCCACCCCACCCCCCACUGCCCCUGUUAGGACAAAAGAAGGAAACAGAUGAAUUCCUAGGGAAACCAGGUCCAAGAAAAUGGGACAGAAAAAGACAACAUCCAGGGCUUCAUUUCCUGACCUUGAGGACCUUCAGCCAGCAAGUAGGGUGCUCCUUGGCCAUCUUUGAACCCGGUUCUCCAGGGGCCUAGGCUCAGAGAACAGGAAGAGGAACUGGAUUUGGAAGUUGGGGGCAGCAGGCCCAGGGGAGGCAUCUGACACUUGCGCUGAGGUUGCUGUCUUUCCACCCUUAACACAGUGCCUCUGGGCAGGUUCCCCUUUCUCCCCUCUGUCUAGAAGGGGGUGGGAAAGCUGGAGUUCUCAUCCCCAGAAAGGGCCUUCUAUAGUGGAAGUCACAAAUGAAUAAAGUACAUGUGCUCAU